CCUACACAAAGCACACCGACUGAUCUGAGGGCUUCUCAAGAUACUCAAGGACACUUCACUAUGAAGACCACCAGAGUUCCCUGGCAGCCGGUGCCAGUGUACAGUGAGUCCAGCGACAGUGACCCAGACCCAGGUGAUGAGACACUGUAUAGGCCGGAGCCUCCAAGAGGGAGUCCCUGGGACACCCCAGAGAGCCAGAGGAGCAACACCUUCACAUGGCCCAUUCCAGACAGCCCCCAAAGUCCUACCAUAAGACGAGAAUCUGACAAGGAGUUACAGGCCCUCAUCAACAUGAGAAACCAGACGGACAAAGACACUGAGGAAUGGGAGAAGUUGAACUACGAUAUACACUCUCUUCGGUGUGUCAGACGAGAGGUUGGUGCUCGAUGGCGGAAAAUCCUACUACAGCUAGGUUACCAGUGUGAGGUGGAGAACUUGCUGUGUGUGAACAGACAGAGCCGGCUGAGCAGAGAGUCGGAGGACUUUGGCAGAGCUCGGGAGCUUCUACAAUAUCUUCUGGACCACACCGCUUUGUUUCCCCCGGGACCUGGACCCAAGAACCGAUACCUCUACGUUAUGGAUCGCCUGAUUUCUUUGGACAGCGCUGAAGACUUUGUCAGACUGGCCCAGCAGAAGUACCCCAAGACCAAAGGCUGA